AUGGAAGGGGGGUUAAGAAAGCGAACGACAUCACUGAAAAGGGUACGAAAGCCCACAAUACGAAGAAAAAACAGUUCUGAAGAUAAUCAGGUAGUGCCAUGGGAGACUCGUAGCAUAGCUCUUCUUUUGUGUGCUGCAGGAUGUGCAGACAUAGUGGCCAUGGCUGCGUUAUCUCCCCUGAUUGUUAUGUUUACCCAGACUCUUUCUAUAACCGUAUUCGAAACAAUCAUAGCUCAAUUGUUAUACCUCGUUCCGCAGAUUUUUAGUACGUUUGUGGCUGAGCGCUUCGCCAUCCGCUUCGGAGGGAUCGUAUUGUAUAGCUUAGCGCUGUUUGCCACAUCAGUAAGCGCUUUUCUUUCAACAGCUGCUCUUCACUACAAGUCGGUACCCAUGUACCUUGUUUCACGCACGGUGGCUGGAUUAUUCAGACACAGCGCCACGGUGAGUGCGGUUGUUGGCCACCAGUACCCGGAGUUCUCGCGCUGUUGUGACGUGAAGCACUUUGCCCCGUAUUUCCUUGGAGUUGCUGUGAUACUCGGUGGCGUCCUGGGGGAUUGGUGGCCUAACAUUGCGGCAAUUAGUGGUGUGAUGGCUUUAGUCGAGUUCAUCACCGCUGUUGCUGUUGGUGUUGUGGCCUUUAUUUUCGCACGUACCCCCAAAACAGUGCCAACUGCGCAGCGGCAGAGUACCUUGAGGGAAUGGCUGUUGCUACAGCCUGGCAGUAAAAUUGCACACCUCCUCCCCGUUGCACUGUUGGGGUUUUGUGCCUCAAUCGUUCAAUCGCUAUACCCUUCCGUCGAUCGCCGUGUCUUCAAUUUUUCUUACUUGGCGGUGGGAGCUCACAUGAUGGUGGAUACCUUCAUGCAGAUAUUUGUGGCGCCUCUUGUUUUGAGGAGGUACAAGGGAACCCCUCGUGUGCUAGUUUGCUUGUGCUCCUUGCUAUUCUUUCUAAGCAUGUGGGCGAGUUCACGGUUUGCAAAGCAUGGCAUGGGGUUUUACUUUGUUGUGUCGACGCUCUUAACGGACUUGCCGGCUGCCGUGUUGCAAUCGGCUUUUACUGCUUACACCACCAACAGCUUCAAGGAGGCUGAGCGGGAACUGGCGCUGAAGAUGCAAGUUUGUGCGAGGAAGAUUAUGAAGCAGUGGCAGCCUGUACUCUUUAUGGUGAUCCAGAUGCUGCUUCCGGACGAAAAAAAUGUGAACCAACUAGUUGGUGUUCCCCUUGCACUUGGUGUGAUGAUGUUUGUACUCUCAAAUCGUGUCGAUGCGUCGAUGGCUGCAGUUGCGGUUGGUUGUGCUGCGUUUAUAAUAUUCUCACCUAUAGAUGAUGAGGAAAUGAUGGAAAAUCUUUCUUCGAUGCUGCGGUGGGAGUUUCCCACCUUUUUGAUGGGCUAA